AUGGUGGUGCUUCGUCGAUCUGUACGAUCAUACAACCAUCAGACUAAUCACAGAUCUUGCACGUGGAUCCAGAAGCAGAAGCAUGUGUUCAAAGAAGCUUCGACGAGUUCGGUACCAGUUCGAGUCAGAGGCUUCUUCACACUUCGCAACUCUAAUUCGCCGCCUGUGUGUGACAUCUCCAGCAUCAUGAACGUCAAUUCAGAAAGCUCAUUGUUAGAAGACGUUGAGGCUGCAGUUCAACGGCUCUCUGAGCAGUUGGAAAUUACUCAAAAGGCCGUUGACAAGGCUCAUACGGCUUUUCAGACGGUCUCACAGAAAGCACAGAAGAAGGAGAAAGGGGGUGGCAAAAAAGCUUUGGAAAUGGCGCGGGACACCCUCACAAAAGCCAAUGCUGAUCACGCUGAUGUCGUGCAGCAACAUCAGCGUGAGGAGGAAAGGUUACAAGAGAUGCGUACUGGAACCGCUGCACAAUUGCCUGCAGAGCGAAAUUUGGUCCCCGACUUCGCACCCAGUCUUCCAGCAUCAGAGCGGGAACCCUUCACUCCAUUUCACUCAGCUACUCUAGCUUCAGCCUCCGCUCAGCCGACUACCACUUCAGCUUCCACUCCAGCUUGCGCUCCCAAUCCCGCCAUUGUAGAGGCACUUCUCGCUGUCCCUCCCUUACACUCUGGCUCGCCAACCCCAUUCAACGCCACUCCCUCUGGUCCCUUGCUCCCACUACGUGAACCACAGGACAUCAAUAUGCACGAUAAUGGUUCGGAAUCCUCGUUGAACCUGCUUACAAAGCCAUCCACCCCCAACUUGGAGCAUGAGUUUGCAAAGCUGGUGAAAACUAUGCAGGAGACCGAGCUAGCGGAACGCAGCGGUGCAGGCUCUGAGUUGCGUGAGGCCAGUACCAUUCUUGAAGCGUUUCGAAGCACUGAGGCUACCCUAAAGGCCAAGGUCAUUAAACGUGAAGCAUCCGUCCGCAGCAUGCAGCAGGGAGCAGAGGGAGCUACACAGACAGGCCUAGAGCACGCCAUGAAGAGACAUAGCCGCGCGGUUCAUAAGCUGAAGAAGCAUGAGGACCAGAUCAGUGAGGCAGAGCAGGCGUAUAAGGAGUUGUUGGGUCGAGUGAGGGAGGAGUGCAUGGUUGAUGCGCUAAAGGCAGUGUGGCGGCACUGCCUGGAGAAGGUGGUGAUGGAUCGACAUGUCUCCCAUGAGGCGCUUGACAGUUGGAGGUGGAUGUUACAUCGAGCGGAAGAUGAGCUCAUUGUGGUCGAUGGGACUGCAUUGGAGGGGUUACGAACAGAUGCAACAGAGAGGAUUAGAGGGAGGAGGGAAGGGUCUAAGGUGUUGACGAAAAAACGGGCGGCAUCGGAUUCCCUGGAGUCUGAUCGGGUGAAGAAGUCAGGUGCAACUUCAAAGUCACAUGAGCCCGACGAUGAGAAGAUUCCCGACUAUGACAAGACCCGUUGGAAUUACUACCACCUCGAUGAAGAGGCCCGAAAGAAAGUUGAAGAGACGGCGCGCUUCCAAGUUGAGCGCUACAAGUUGGACGGCACUCCAAUCCAGUCGGAAAUUAAAAAGAAGAUUCGAGAUAUAUCUGAGCUAAUUCGCGAUGCCGGGACAACAUCCGUAGGCCUCUCACUCCACAUCCUUCAACGUGAGCGGCUCAUCUGCCGAUACCACGGUCGCCAUCGCAGCGCUCAAUCAUUCAGUAAGGUUGAUACUGCCAUUCAGAUUGAGGGUGUCGGCUAUAGGAGAGAUUACGAGCAUGCCGCACGUUGGAACCACUUUGACUGUGGCUGCAGUGUUCGCCAGGCCCUGUUGGAUUUCUUUUGGUUCAAGUCUUGGACCGUUGGGUCUAGCAAUCCUAACAUACAUAUCAGGCAGGAUCUUCAGUCUGAUCCUAUCCCUCCUCAUCUUCGGGCUUUUUUUUCUGAAGCCUACAUGGAGAUGAGUGGUAUUACACUUAAAGACCUCUACAGUGUUCGCUGGGGGGAGGAUGGUUAUUUGGAGCGUCUUCGUUUAAUUCAGAUUGAGCGCAUGGUGGAGUGGCUUCAAGAGCAAGGGGUCGACAUUCCGGGGUUCUCUUUACAGGAUGAAGGGGAAGAGGAGGAGGUACAGCAGGAGGGUAGUGAUUGA